CAUCGCCGUUGCUAUUCAUGUUCGCGUUGGCGAGCGCCAGAAAGUUGUCCCGUUCGUGCCUCCGCUGUUCCUGGGAGCCGAAGUACUUCGGAAGGGAUGUAGCAGGGCACUCGGAUCACUCGUUGGAUCGUUUUGCAAACAUGCCCGGAGUGCACUGAGUCGCUGACCACCCGACAGCCUCGGAAGCAAAUGUGCAUGCGUGUGUGACGGGGAGCAGCCGGGGUCCUGCCAGUGAGUCAGUGACAGCGCCCGCCAAAUUUGCCGGACAGCGUUCACACUCACGAAUCACCGGCAAGUUGGCAGCUGUACUGACAACGGCUCAGUCUUUCUCGCUACGCGAUAAGGAUUCACUUGUCUCUUUUUCUUUGCAUUGAGCAGGUCUCUAAACACCCCCUGAAUUCGGUUCAAAUGACAUCUCACGUCGAGCUCUUGUCAAACGGUUUACGAAAACUAGAACUUCAACAAUCCGAAUCGAAUACUAGGUCAAAUGACCAAGACGGGAACCCGCAGUCUGAGAGUGUUCCUUCAUCAGCCAAUGCAUCACGUCUCAGUUGGUCUCAAACCCGAGAGGGUUAUGGCUUUCGACCUGCUUCGGGUAUCUCGACGCCUCUCACCCAGUUCCCUCGUACUGUCGAGGGAGGAAGCCCACUUCCUGACCCUCAUGGUCUUGGGUGGCCCGCGAAGUCCACUGUGUCUCGUUUAAAUGAGACCACAACAGACCGCGCUGCGCGCGAGAAAAUGAUGGUCUCUGCGGUACGGACUAUUCUUGAAUGUAUCGGAGAAGACCCCAACCGGGAAGGCUUGUUGAAGACGCCAGAGAGGUUUGCUCAGGCCAUGAUGUGGAUGACUCGGGGAUACGAGGAACGCUUGGCAGAUGUAAUCAACGAUGCAGUGUUUGCAGAGGAUCACGAUGAGAUGGUUCUAGUCCGUGAAAUCGAUUUUUCCAGCCUUUGCGAACAUCAUUUGGUUCCUUUUACAGGAAAAGUCGCUAUCGCAUACAUCCCAAAUCAGCUAGUGCUUGGGCUUUCCAAGCUUGCGCGCAUUGCCGAAACUUUCAGUCGUCGUCUGCAGGUUCAAGAACGGUUAACUAAACAGAUUGCUAUCGCCGUUCAGGAGGCAAUUAAGCCCCGCGGAGUCGCAGUCGUUAUGGAAGCGACCCAUAUGUGCAUGACCAUGCGUGGUGUACAGAAACCAGGUUCCAUCACUGUCACUUCCUGCAUGCUAGGCUGUUUCCGAACUCAGCAAAAGACUCGAGAGGAAUUCCUUACCUUGAUUAAAAAAUGACCACAGCUAUUUGCCACCUACCGCGAUUCAACUCGGGAUAUUAUCGAUUCAACUCGGAGUCACUCGUUCACCACAGCUACAUACCAUCUAAUAAUCCAUCACUUGUGUAGAGUGGAGCAUCAGUCAAAUUCAUUUGUGUACUAUG